AUGGCGGAGGAGCAAAAGACAACUAAGGUUGACGUUGAAUCUCCGACGGUUUUAGCUCCGGCGAAGGAACCAACUCAUAUUCCGGUGGAAGCUUCUAAAGACGUGUCGGAGGAGAAAAUUCACAAACCACCUCCCGUUGAGUCACAAGCUCUUGCCGUUGUCGAAAAACCAAUUGAGGAGCAUACACCGAAGAAAACUUCAUCUGGUUCGGCCGAUAGAGACGUGAUACUUGCGGACUUGGAAAAGGAGAAGAAAACGUCAUUCAUCAAAGCAUGGGAAGAGAGUGAGAAGUCAAAGGCUGAGAACAAGGCACAAAAGAAGAUAUCUGAUGUGCUUGCUUGGGAGAACAGCAAGAAAGCAGCCACUGAAGCCCAACUGAGGAAGAUUGAGGAAAAACUAGAGAAGAAAAAGGCACAGUAUGGAGAGAAAAUGAAGAACAAAGUGGCUGCGAUUCACAAGCUAGCAGAAGAGAAGAGAGCAAUGGUUGAAGCCAAACGAGGAGAAGAUCUUCUUAAAGCUGAGGAAUCAGCUGCUAAGUACAGAGCCACUGGCAUCGUACCAAAGGCUACUUGUGGAUGUUUCUAA